UCGUGCCGCUUGCGCUGGGAUGGAGGUGGUGGCGCAGAUGGGGAGGCUGGCGUUCGAGCCCGCAGCCGCGCCGCCGCCGGGCGAGGACGGGGCGCCGGGCGAGGACGGGGCGCCGGGCGAGGACGGGGCGCCGGGCGAGGACGGGGCGCCGGGCGAGGACGGGGCGCCGGGCGAGGACGGGGCGCCGGGCGAGGACGGGGCGCCGGGCGAGGACGGGGCGCCGGGCGAGGACGGGGCGCCGGGCGAGGACGGGGCGCCGGGCGAGGACGGGGCGCCGGGCGAGGACGGGGCGCCGGGCGAGGACGGGGCGCCGGGCGAGGACGGGGCGCCGGGCGAGGAGCGGCCGGCGAGCAUGGAGACCGAGUCGGCGGCGGGUCCCAGCGGGCCUCAUGCCGGCGACCCCUCGUCGGACUCGGACAGUGAUACGGAUUCAGAUAGUUCAUCAGAUACAUCAACCUCUUCAUCUUCUCCUUCAACAGUAUCUGAUGAAGAUGAUCAUCCACAUGGGAAGGGUAACAGGUCUUACUAUGUUAAAACAAAAGAUGAGUUGCCUAUUGAUGAACUGCCUCCUGUUGAAGAAUUAUCAAUAAUUCUGCCUGAUGAUGUUGAACUGGAGCUCUUUGGGACAGUCUCCAGCAUCAUUGAGCAGCUAGUAAUAAUUGAAUCACUGAGGGGCCUACCUGCAGUAAAUGAGGAAAGCAUAAUUUUUAAAGAAGAUCGGCAAGCAGCAGGAAAGAUAUUUGAGAUAUUUGGUCCUGUGUUACAUCCCUUUUAUGUGUUAAGAUUUAACAGCUCUGAACAUAUCAAAGAAAAAGGUAUUAAUGUGCAUGAUAGUAUGUAUUUUGUUCCAUCAGUGGAGGACUUCACACAGUAUAUAUUUGCAGAGAAACUAAAACAGGAAAAAGGUUCAGAUGCAUCUUGGAAGAAUGACCAAGAGCCACCACCUGAAGCCUUGGAUUUCAGUGAUGAUGAAAAAGAAAGAGAGGCAAAACAGAAGAAAAAGAAGCCUCAAAGUCAAGGAAGGAAGAAAUUAAAAUCAGAAACAAAUGUGUCAAGUGAUAAUGAAGGACUUCAUCAGUCAAUGCAGCAGCCUGCUUCAAGUUAUUCAAGGGGAUACCGUGGCAGAGGGUUCUCCAGGGGCCCAUAUCCUCCUCUGUCAGGCCCUCCACGUUUUUUGAGGAUGCAAGUAAGACCACCACAGGUAUACUCUUCAGACAACAGAAUGCAUCAGGAAUCUGCAGUGUUUCCACAACCUCAUAGAAAAGAAAAUCCAACGAUGCAACAGUAUCCCUCGCCUCCUCCAGUUUUUGGUUCUUUUAAUGAUGUGAAUCAAUUCCACUUUAUGCCUUCAAAUCUGAAUAUGAUUUGGACAGGCCCAAACAUGUACAACACAUCAUACCCAUUUUUGCCACCUCCACCUCCUCCACCUCCUCCCGAUAGCCCUCUUCCUCAGUUUAGGCCUUACUAGGUUUCCACAAAUGUACAUACAGAACAUUGCAAUUUAAAAGGAAGAACAGGCUGCCAAGACUGUAUUCCCUUAUUUCCCUUGUUUUGGAGAUGCUUAGUUUUCCUCCAACAGUAGAACACAUACAGAGUUUGAUGCUUUGUGGGAUAUACAUAGAAAACUUUUUUCUAUAUGUGUUUUCUGUAUGAUAAAAAUACCUGAAUGUUAAGAAAUGUUUUAUUUUUAUAAUAUCUACUAGUUUUGGAUGAUAAAUAAAAGUUUUUGGAGACUGGUA